CAAUUUCACCCCUUCCAGCAGAGAUCGCGCGGGGUUUUUUUUAUAGGGCAUCAAUUAUUUAUCAUAUUUUAUAAACCCAGCCGCGCAGCCCCGCGCCCCCGAGGAGGGGGCGGGCGGCGAUUGGCGCCGGCGCGGCCACGUGCCCGCGCGUCACCGGGGCCGGGAGGAAAAAAGGCUCUUUUUUGGUGUAAAUCUGGACUCUUAAUUCCGUAAUAUAUCACGGUACCUCGUAAAAACCGACACUAAAACGUCCCGACCUACAAAUCACCCGGCCAAAUUAUGAGUUCAUUGUAUUACGCCAACGCUUUAUUUUCUAAAUAUCAAGCGGCCGGUUCGGUUUUCCCGUCCGGAGUGUUUCCCGAGCAAACUUCUUGCGCUUUCGCCUCCACCAGCCAGCGAGCGGGCUAUGGGGCCGCAUCCACGCCUCCCUUCGCCGCUUCCAUGCCCGGCCUCUACUCGGGGGGCAGCUCCGUGCACCCCCAGCCCCCCAGCGUGUACUCCUCGGGUUACGGCCUGGAGCCGGGCUCCUUCAACGUGCACUGCUCGCCUUUCGAGCAAAACCUCCCGGUGAUGUGCCCCGGGGACGCCUCCAAGCAGGGCUGCGGCAAAGCGGACCCGCGGGACGCGGAUCUGCAGGGCGACGGCAACUUCCGAAUCUACCCCUGGAUGAGGAGCACGGGAACGGACAGGAAACGAGGCCGGCAGACCUACACCAGGUACCAGACGCUGGAGCUGGAGAAGGAAUUCCACUACAACCGCUACCUGACCCGGCGGCGGCGCGUGGAGAUCGCGCACUCGCUGUGCCUGACCGAGCGCCAGAUCAAGAUCUGGUUCCAGAACCGCCGCAUGAAGUGGAAAAAGGAAAAUAAAAGCGCCUGCCCCGGCUCCGCAGGGCAGGAAAAGGCAGAGGCCGAGGAGGAUGAGGAGGAGUGAGGUGGAUGCAGGGAGAGAGAGAAGGGGGAAAGGCAAAAACACGCGUUAAAAAAUAAAAAAAAUUUAAAAAAAGGACUAAAUAUAAAAUUAAAUGCUAAGCGCAUCGAUGAUUAAACCCCUAGGAGUGAUUCCUUGUGUUUGACGACACUGAGAAAGAAUACUACCUAUAUUAGAGUCUCUUUUUUUGGGUUUUUUUUUCCUUUUUGUACAAUAGAAUAUCUACCUAUUCCAUGUGGCUUUAGAGUCAGGAUAGACACGGUGUGUUUUUUU